CCAUGGAGAUCGUGAGCGUUCCUGCCAGCGUGGGCGAGGUGCUAGGAGGGCCUCAGCCGCCGCCCACGCCCACCUUCUCAGACGAUCACCCAUUACACGCCCACAACGACCACGCAGACCGUGUUCGAACCGACGAGGAGGAAGACGAGGACGAGGUCGAUUCCAGGAUGGACACCGACCAGGACGCGGCGUGCGACGAGGGCGCGGCCGAGGGCGACGAGGGCGCCGACGACGCGCUCGCGCCGCACCUCGAGGACGAGUCCAACCCCGAGGCGGAGGCGGCGCCCCUGGACGACGACGCCGCCGACCACAUGGACUGCGACGACUCGGAGGGCGCCCCGAUGUUCAUCGACGACGACUCGUCCUCGCGCGCCUUCCCCGAGGGCGCCGGCGACCUGUCGGCGGCGGGCGGCUCGCCGUCGGCCCCGUCGGCCGCGCUGCCCGAGGCGUCGCGCCGCAACAAGCGCAAGAACUUCAAGCCAAGGAACAUUGUGUACACGUACACCGACAGCGACGACACGGAGGGCGCCAGCGACUCCGAGGGGCGCGGCCGCCUCGCCUCGCGCGACGCCGACAACGAGGGUUCGUCGGCGUCCGAGCUGCCCCUCGACCUGUCGGAGACGCCGACGCUGCGCCGCACCCUGCUGCCGCGCCGCCUGGACGAGGCCGUCGACCUGACGGGCGGCGGCGUGUCCGUCAGCGGCGCCGGCGGGAACCCGCUGCACCCGCGCCUCAACGCCCUGCUGGCGCGGCCCACGUCGCCGGGCCCCCACGAGGAGGGCGGCCCGGCCGAGCCCUCCGCCGACAUGAAGGAGUACGCCGAGCUCACCAUGAGGCGCCUCCUCGGCCUCUACGGCUUCCACGACUUCGCCGAGAACCUCCCGCCGCCGCCCGCCGCCUUCUUCUCAGGUAAGCCUUGAGCAGUGCGCGGUUGCGAUU